AGGCCCCGGGGCUCAUUAGCGAUGCGGUCUCCCAGCUCAGCUCCGUAGUCCGGGACCCGGAGCGGAGCUGGGGCUGCGGGCCGCUCGGCGGGGACGGCGGGCGGCGCCGCAGGAGACGAUGGGGACGCGCGCUGCGUCCCGCUGCCCAUCUGAUAUCCCUGUUCCGCUGCUGUAGGGAGCGGCGGUGGAGAAAAGAGACUCGCCACAGACCACCACUCCCGGGGAAACCUACUGCUGUUGGCUCCCUGCCGUCGUUCCUCGCGGACUUCCAGGGCGUGGAAGAGGAGCGAAUCCUGAGAGGAGCUUGGAGCAUGGGGACAGGGGCUGCAGACCGCAGCCGCGGGGCGCGCUGGUGGCUCCCAUGGCUUGGACUCUGUUUCUGGGCGGCGGGGGCUGAGGCUGCCCGAGGAGCCGACAGUGGCGAAGUUCUUCCCGACUCCAUCCCGUCUGCCCCUGGAACUCUGCCCCAUUUCAUAGAGGAGCCUGAAGAUGCCUACAUCAUCAAAAGCAACCCUAUCGCACUCAGGUGCAAAGCCAGGCCCGCCAUGCAGAUCUUCUUCAAAUGCAACGGGGAGUGGGUCCAUCAGAACGAGCACGUGUCAGAAGAAAGCCUGGAUGAGAGCUCAGGCUUGAAGGUCCGGGAGGUGUUUAUCAAUGUCACCAGGCAGCAGGUGGAGGACUUCCAUGGGCCCGAGGACUACUGGUGCCAGUGUGUUGCGUGGAGCCACCUUGGAACUUCCAAGAGUAGGAAAGCUUCCGUGCGCAUAGCCUAUUUACGGAAAAACUUCGAGCAAGAUCCACAAGGCAGGGAGGUUCCUAUUGAAGGCAUGAUCGUAUUGCACUGCCGCCCGCCAGAGGGAGUUCCAGCAGCAGAGGUGGAAUGGCUGAAAAAUGAAGAGCCCAUUGACUCUGAACAGGAUGAGAACAUUGACACCAGGGCUGACCAUAACCUGAUCAUCAGGCAGGCCCGGCUCUCAGACUCGGGGAAUUACACCUGUAUGGCAGCCAACAUCGUGGCCAAGAGGAGGAGCCUGUCAGCAACUGUGGUGGUCUACGUGAAUGGAGGCUGGUCUUCCUGGACAGAGUGGUCAGCCUGCAAUGUUCGCUGUGGUAGAGGAUGGCAGAAACGUUCCCGGACCUGCACCAACCCCGCUCCUCUCAAUGGUGGGGCCUUUUGUGAGGGAAUGUCAGUGCAGAAAAUAACCUGCACUGCUCUUUGUCCUGUGGACGGCAGCUGGGAAGUAUGGAGUGAAUGGUCAGUCUGCAGCCCAGAGUGUGAACAUCUUCGCAUCCGUGAGUGCACAGCUCCACCCCCAAGAAACGGGGGCAAGUUCUGUGAAGGGCUCAGCCAGGAAUCUGAAAACUGCACGGAUGGUCUCUGCAUUCUAGAUAAAAAACCUCUUCAUGAAAUAAAACCCCAAAGCAUUGAGAAUGCCAGCGACAUUGCUUUGUACUCGGGCUUGGGUGCAGCCGUUGUAGCCGUUGCGGUCCUGGUCAUUGGUGUCACCCUCUACAGACGGAGCCAUAGUGACUACGGAGUGGACGUCAUUGACUCUUCUGCAUUGACAGGUGGCUUCCAGACCUUCAACUUCAAAACAGUUCGUCAAGGAAAUUCUCUCCUCCUGAAUCCUGCCAUGCAUCCAGAUCUGACUGUGAGCCGGACGUACAGCGGGCCCAUCUGUCUGCAGGAUCCACUGGACAAGGAGCUCAUGACAGAGUCCUCACUCUUCAACCCUCUCUCUGACAUCAAAGUCAAAGUCCAGAGCUCAUUCAUGGUUUCCCUGGGAGUGUCUGAGAGAGCCGAGUACCAUGGCAAGAAUCACUCCGGGACCUUCCCCCAUGGAAACAACCGUGGAUUUAGUACCAUACAUCCCAGAAACAAGACUCCGUACAUCCAAAAUCUGUCGUCACUGCCCACAAGGACGGAGCUGAGGACAACUGGUGUCUUUGGACACUUAGGGGGGCGCUUAGUAAUGCCAAAUACAGGGGUGAGUCUACUCAUACCACAUGGUGCCAUCCCAGAGGAGAAUUCUUGGGAGAUUUAUAUGUCAAUCAACCAAGGUGAACCCAGUCUGCAGUCAGAUGGAUCUGAGGUCCUCCUGAGUCCUGAAGUCACCUGUGGGCCUCCAGAUAUGCUUGUCACAACUCCCUUUGCACUGACCAUCCCUCACUGUGCAGACGUCAGUUCAGAGCAUUGGAACAUCCACUUGAAGAAGAGAACGCAGCAGGGAAAGUGGGAGGAAGUAAUGUCAGUGGAGGAUGAGUCCACAUCCUGUUACUGCCUCUUGGAUCCCUUCGCCUGUCAUGUGCUGCUUGAUAGCUUUGGAACGUAUGCCCUCACGGGAGAGCCCAUCACAGACUGUGCGGUAAAGCAGCUCAAGGUGGCUGUGUUUGGCUGCAUGUCCUGUAACUCCUUGGAUUACAACCUGAGAGUUUAUUGUGUGGACAACACUCCUUGUGCAUUUCAGGAAGUGGUUUCUGAUGAACGGCACCAAGGCGGCCAGCUCCUGGAGGAGCCAAAGCUGCUUCAUUUCAAAGGGAAUACAUUCAGUCUUCAGAUCUCUGUCCUUGACAUCCCUCCAUUCCUCUGGAGGAUCAAACCAUUCACUGCAUGCCAGGAAGUCCCCUUCUCCAGAGUGUGGAGCAGCAACCGGCAGCCCCUGCAUUGUGCCUUCUCCCUGGAGCGCUACACGCCCACCACCACCCAGCUGUCCUGCAAAAUCUGCAUUCGGCAGCUCAAAGGCCAUGAACAGAUCCUCCAAGUGCAGACAUCCAUCCUAGAGAGUGAACGAGAAACCAUCACUUUCUUCGCACAAGAGGACAGUACUUUCCCUGCACAGACUGGCCCGAAAGCCUUCAAAAUUCCCUAUUCCAUCAGGCAGAGGAUCUGCGCAACGUUCGAUACCCCCAAUGCCAAAGGCAAGGACUGGCAGAUGUUAGCACAGAAAAACAGCAUCAAUAGGAAUUUAUCCUAUUUUGCUACACAAAGCAGUCCCUCUGCUGUCAUUUUGAACCUCUGGGAAGCUCGUCAUCAACAGGACGGGGAUCUUGACUCGCUCGCCUGUGCCCUUGAAGAGAUUGGGAGGACACACACGAAACUAUCAAACAUCACAGAGCCCCAGCUCGAUGACACUGACUUCAACUACAGCAGGCAAAAUGGACUCUAGUUGGUUUCUUCUCUUGAAGCAGCGCUAGUGAUGGCCAGCUUCAGAGCAGUGGCUUCAAGUGGGGAAGAUGAGGCAGAUUUCUGCCUAGGGGCAUUUUGGGGGAACUGAGCCUUUAUUGAGAAUCAGUGAGAAUCCCUGGAUGAAGGAAAUAAGUUUGAUGUAGGUAAAACAUGUUAACAGUGGGAAGAAAGAAAAAAAGAACCCUGCUGUUUCCUCUGAGUCCACACAUGGGUAACAUUGGAUAUGCUCCUCAGAUUUGGACUGCUGAGGAAAAACAACAACAACAACAAAGGUAUCUGUAGAUACAAGUAGUUUUGAGAAACAGACACACGACAAUAAAGCCGGGAAGGCAGAGAUUAAGUGCAUGCUUGGAAACAGGUUUUUAAUGAUUGCCCCACAGGGCCAGCUGAUUCUGAGACCAGAUUUUCAGAUUCCAACCAACUGACAUCCGGGAGGUUGGAAAUCAUGGUAAGACUAGCUUUCAGAAGUGAAACUGGAUUGUCAACCAAUUAGUAUGAUGUCACCAAUGUCAGGGAGGGCAUUUAGAAUUUAGAAUCUGAGUACAUCACACCAGCACUUAUUAUAUGAGUCACUUAUCUGGAGACAAGAUCAAGAAGUGAGAUAGACCUCAAACUAGUUCUUGGUACCUCACCUUCAUCCCCCACCCACCCACCCCCUAAACAAAACUCAUUUCUCUCCUAUCCUGAAAGAUUGCAGUAUGCAGACAGUGAAGAGCAUAGUUACUCACUUAAAUAUGGAAACAUACUUCCUCCUAACUCAACAGAGCAGGACAAACAACCUCCGUCCCAGCCAAGCCACUCUAAUCUCAGAGUGCGAUAAUAGUACACCUUACUCCAUGGAGUGGCGACAAGAGAAGCUAGCCCAGGUUCAGGCAAAUACAUGGACUGCAGAUGUUCUAGGCUUUGAGUAAGCACUAAUUCUAGGAGAUGGGUGACGAGCCCAAGUUCUCCAACAUUUUACGCAUAAGAAAUGUGUUUUUGCUGUGUUUUUCGAUCCAGAUUCUGGAAAUCUUCUAAUCUUUUAUACUAUGCUGUCACGGUAUGUCUCAAUAGGGCUUUAGGACAUCCUGCCAUCAUCUUUUGGAAACUUACCUGAUAGCCUUUCUUGAGUAACACCCGAGUGAGUGAGUGAGUGAGUUACUGAGUGGCUGAGUGAGUGAGUAAAUGCCUCUGAGGAAUAGAAACCUAUCACACUGUCCUAGGAACCACACGCAUCCUUCAGAGAGGCUUCUGUAUUCUGACUGCCUAUCCUCACCGUGUAUACUUCCUCCUUAAGAGUGUUAAUUCAUGGCUUUCAUUUUAUGUUACACACACACACACACACACACACACACACACACACACACACACCAAAGGUAUUUUAGAGAACUGAAAUCUGUAGAUUAGUCAUGAGCUUCAUCUUAGACUUUACUACACUUUUAUAUUUGACUCCGGUCUUUUGACCAAUCUCCUGAGAGGCUGAAGAUGAACAGAUAUGUUCAUCUUCUGGAGGAAGUUUUCAGUAACUGCCCACAAUGAGGACAACCCAAGCCAAACACCUACAUUUACUUCCAGGCAGCUACUUAGCGUUUCUGAGGAUGACUACAUUUGAACAGGCAGGGUCAGAAAUUGAACAAAAGAGAAUCCUUGGCAAUGAGGACAUGACCAUGCUAGUGUUUUCAUAGGUCCUCUGUGUGAAAACAAAUGUUUGCGGUCUCUUCCCAAGUGGAAAUACCUAAAGAUGGGUUGAAGUUACCAUCCUGUGGAUAAGACAUUGAAGAACUCCUGAUUAGCCAUUUUAUCUAACUAGCAUGUAAUCUAUCUGGUCCCCUGUAUCACAUAGAAGGCUUGGCCAUGUGUAGAUCAAAAGAAAACAGGUUGCUUUGCUCAGGACCCAAAGGCUUAUUAUUAUAUUGAACAAAUGAAUCAUCUUAGAACUGUCAGUCUUACUCAGAGUCCCAUAUCUGAAUCAGGAGAACACCUUUUUUUCUAGUAUGUCUUCAUCCUUGUGAAGAAGAAAGAGAAAAAGCAUGUAGAACCACUAGACAUCGCUGAUAAAGUCUUUGCUGAGCUACAAACCUGAGAGAUGAUGAGUGGUAGGAUGGGUUGCAGAUGAUGAAUGGUAGGAUGGGAUACAGGUGGAAUCAGCAUCCCUGUUAGGUAAUAAACUAUUUGCAACACAUUCUAGAGAGAUCUUAUAGUAACAUCUACUAUUUGGAAGAGUUUUGUUUUAAAUCUCCAACCCUGUCCAUUUCUCUUCUUUCCCUUCCAAUUGGCCUUAUAAUUGUUUAUAUGUUGUGUGAACCUACACGUUCUUUGUAGAUUUUUUACAGCUUUUUUAUAAUAUUAUAAAUAGAUAAAAAUUGUAAUUGUCCUGGCAUCUGCGUAGGUUAUUUUAAGGUGAGGUAACAGGAAUAGCGUAAAGGUUGAUCCCGUGUGUCUACAGUCUCCCCAUUAGAUUCAGGAUUUGUGUUCUGUUUGUUUGAUUUUUUUUUCUUGGCCUGUGUUUAUAAGUGCACUUGAGCAUAAUAAGGGAGACAUCAACAAGAGUCACCUCACAUUCCCCGGACCAUGGUUCAGUGAGGUUCCCCUUGACUUUUUAUGUUUCCUUCUUAAUAUCUGUCUUCUUUCCGCUAGGAUGUUACACAGGAUUUUGAAAUAAAUAUGUUACAUUCUGCGGUCUUUGAAUGCCAGGAUUGUGUACUAUUUGACAAUGAAAUCUCAAAGAGAACCCUGGUCUGUGAGACUUACAGACCAAGGGAUUAGAUGUUUUGGGAGAGGGUCGGGCAGGUCACACGUUUUAGCUCACACUAGACCAUGUGAGGACUCACUGUGACCUCAAACUUUACUUUCACCUGUCACAACACAAGUGCCCGUCUUGGAAGAGGUUUCCUCGUUACUCUGGGCACUAAAUUUGGAAGUGUCACUGUCCUAGUGCAAGACGAAACAAAAAUUAAAAAGUGGCCUUAAGUACUUGGUAGUUAUGGAAAAGUUUUACAGAAAUAAUCCUACUCCAUGCCAAAUUUCUCAGUGCUGGAGACAUUAAGUCUAACAGAUAUACUUUAAACGCGAGUUAAAAUUAUGCUACCAAAAUGGUGAGAUCCACCGCUUUGCCAGACUACAGCGUCGUUACGUUAAUUUAUGGUCCUUACAGUGUCACAUACACCAUCUUAGCAGUUUACAUUUACAUUCUUUAAUUCAAAAGGAAACUUGUUCUGUGGAUUUAAAUGCAACCUUCAUUUACCAGUGCGGGUAGAAUCAUAAAACUCAGAUGGACUCCCACAAAAAUUUUAUUGGCCUUUUUGUAAGAGAUGAAGGGAAUUGAUAUAGCUCCCUUUAAAGAGAGGAGCUUUUCUCUUAUUUUCAUCUCAAACUGCUGUGGUCUUGCUUUUUUUUUUUUUCUUUCCUUCAUUUGGCUGUGAGAAGGACUAUUAAGUCAAACCACACAGGGUUCUCUUUGGAGUAAAAUAUCUGGAUCUAUUGCAGUCAUUUCUCCUCAACAAAAGAAUCCUCUAAAUAUCAAACACGAGGAGGUAGAAAAUUAAAAGGGUGCGAAUGGUUUUACACGCUUUGACCGAAUUUACCUGUGACUUUCAGAAUGUUAACAAAAUCUUUGGAUCUGCUUCUGUUUUAGCUUUUUCCUUUCAGAUGUUGUCAAUUUCUUGGUCUGCCUGGCCUCUGUAAAUGUGUUGAAUGAUAGAGCUAUCAGACAUGCUAAAGGCAACAUUCUCUGAGGUCUUGGUUCCAGCAGAAAUAGGAAGGAGCUGAGAAAGGUGCCUCUCUGGCCUACUGCAUGGCCCAUUUUCAUUCCGUCUCCCAUGAAGCAUUGCAAAACCUGAACCCUUAGUAACUCCCCAAGCCCGGACUACAGGUGACAGUCACAGUACCUGCAAGAACAAAAGCACCGGCUUAGCAAUGGGGACCGCAUUUUAUCAGCCCUUUGGUGUUCAUUGUCAUAGCGCUGUAUUUGAACAUUGAUGCUUUCUGCCAACAGUUGAACGGCCACUGUUUCAGUAGACGCCACCGUUUUGUCUGCCUAGAGUUUUCCUGAACUACAAGCAAAAAAAAAAAAAAAAUGUAUUUUGUCAAAUGUCACAGAAGUGAAAAUGUUACUAAUCUUAGAUGUGUUGCAUAUUUUGUGUUUCUUCUCCAAACUCUCUCAAAAGCUGCAGUGACAAAGCUGUUUGGCUGUAUUGACGACAGCAUGUGGUGUCUUUUACAGAAGCAACUCUAGGAGAGCCAGUGUCUACUGUGGACUCCUCACAUCCCCAUUCCAGGGUCACCAACAAAACUGAAACGGCCAUUUAUGUGCUGUGAUUUUUUUUUUCUCCUGAGGAUCAAAGGGGAUGGCACCAGGCCUGGCUUAUUAGUCACUAGUGUAUAGUACUGUGAUCUGAAGUAGGAAGUUUCUCUCGCAUAGAAUAAUUGUGGUUUUUGAAGCAGCUACUCAUUGCUUUUUUCCUUUUGCUGUGAAGAUCAUGGAUUUGGGGUAUCCUCACGAAGUGGGCCUAAGACAGUAACAUUGCAACUUCAUGUCUUCGAACCUACCAUGUAUCUAAACCCAAAGAUUAAAAAAAGUCAGGAAGCAUCCUACCUAGGCCUAAGCUUAAAUUCUCCCUGCCCUUAUGAGUAUUAACUUCAGCAGGAGUUGCAUCUUUUUCCCUGGCGAAGUUCCACCAUUUGAUUCUAUUAUCUAUCAGAGAUUCUGGUAAUUACUUUAUUUCUGGGAAUAGAAAUAUGCGUCAAAUACUUUCACCAAAGGCAUGGGUAUAAUGACUAUGCUCUUUUGUUUCAAAUUUGUCUUAAAAAAAAAGGAAGAAGAAAGAAAAAAAAAGCAUGAUUCACACCUAAAUUCUAGAAUUGGGAAAGUUGUAGAGUAACCUUAAAAGCGGACACAAUUCUAGUCGGUAAUGAACCACCUAGAGUUCUGAUGAAAGCGUGAUAUUUAAAGGGAAAAUGUAAGCCAAACGUCAUGCCACAAGACCCCUUCGCCAAAACAUAAGCAUUCUGCUCAAAUGUGGAAGCAGUAAUUCUGAUGUUCCUUUAUUAGCAAGCAUGGGGAGUGGGAAGAUGAGGAAUCACCAGGAUACAGCCACCAGGGCUUCCCAUGAGAACAGACGCCUCCCCACAGAACUCCUUCUAGAUGCUUCCUGCUUCCACAGAAAACUCAGUAAGAGUCAAAAUUCCACAGUCAGGAAAACAGCUGUUUCCUUCUCCACACCAGAUGAAGAACAGAAUCCCCAUUCUUCUUAACUAGGUGUGAUUGGUAAACACAGUCCAAUAAAUCACGACCUAGAAGUACUGUCAACAUGGGCAGGUAGUGGAAUGCUGACUCAUUUUCCUAAGCCCAAACUUGGAAAUAUAGGUGAUGCAUUUCCCUCCUUCUACAAAGGAGAAUUUAAAACGUAUUUCAUUUUUGUUCUGUUUAUUCGGGGAAGGUACAUGGAGGCGUUCUUUCAAAUGAUUCAUUUAUUUUUUUUUUCAAACCCAUAACACUCUCAAUGUUCAUUGGAUGUAUUCCAAGCCAAAAAGAAAAUACGGAAAUAACAUUUUAAGCAGAGCUGAACACUUAAUUCGGACAUGAAGCUAAAGGAGUGAGUAAGCCACAGGAGAGGGUCUGAGUGGAGCCCAGCCCUGGCUUCAUACCACACUUUUUGUGCCUUGUAUUAUCAGUGUAAAUUCUGAAUGUUGUACAGUAAAUCCUUGGAUGGACUCCUUAGCGAGGAUGCACCGGCUUCUUUUUCAGCACAUGUACAUAUCUAUAAAUAUAUAUACAUAUAUAUUUGGUAAUGCCAAACAGCUAUGUUAUAUUGUACUGAACAAAAUGGCCCGUUUGGAUGUUUUAUGUAGAGUUUGCAAAAAAACAAAACAAAAUCAAAAUGGAUGGUUAUUGACUUUUCGAGAUCAUGUACAGGCAUAAAUCACUGCUUACCAGUUAUUUAUGAAUAAAGAGUCUUUUCUUGACAUUUUA